AGAUAAUAGGUCAUUUAGUUUGCUUGGCAGUGGACGAAGAAAUAUUUUGGGCUGGGGCGGCGUUGCCGCGAGGGAUUACGAUCGAGCAAUGGCGCUAGCUUCGGCGGCUGUUCUUCGGCGAUUGUCCAGGUUUCGUGCCUCUACGGCGCUCGCGAUCGCGGCAAACAGGGCGCUCGGCGAUGCCAGAUCGAUCCUUUCGCGAAAUGCGUCGACCGCCGUGGCCAAUGACGAAGUGUACUCGCGAUUCGAGAGUUCCAAGGAUAAAUCCCAUGUCACAUGGCCAAAGCAGCUCAACGCUCCACUUGGCGACGUUGAUCCGGAAAUCGCUGAUAUAAUUGAGCUGGAAAAAAAUCGUCAAUGGAAGGGACUGGAGCUAAUUCCCUCGGAGAAUUUUACUUCAACUUCAGUCAUGCAAGCAGUGGGAUCCAUCAUGACCAACAAGUAUAGCGAGGGCUAUCCAGGAGCUCGUUACUACGGUGGAAAUGAGUUCAUUGAUAUGGCCGAGUCUUUGUGCCAGAAACGAGCACUAGAAGCUUUUCGUCUCAAUCCAAACGAAUGGGGAGUCAAUGUGCAGUCAUUAUCUGGUUCUCCAGCAAACUUUCAAGUGUAUACAGCUUUGCUUAAACCACACGAAAGAAUUAUGGCUCUUGAUUUACCUCACGGAGGCCAUUUAUCUCAUGGUUAUCAGACAGAUACUAAGAAAAUCUCGGCUGUUUCAAUCUUUUUUGAAACGAUGCCAUAUAGGCUGGAUGAAUCUACAGGUUUUAUUGACUACGAUCAGCUUGAAAAAAGCGCGACACUCUUCCGGCCAAAACUCAUCGUGGCCGGAGCCAGCGCCUACUCUCGGCAUUAUGAUUAUGCACGAAUGCGUCAGAUUUGCAACAAGCAAAAGGCAAUCCUUCUAGCUGAUAUGGCUCAUAUAAGCGGACUUGUAGCUGCUGGUGUCGUGCCAUCUCCAUUCGACGUUGCAGACGUUGUCACCACUACCACGCACAAAUCACUUAGAGGUCCUCGUGGAGCAAUGAUUUUCUUCCGCAAGGGUGUGAAAGAAACUAACAAACAAGGACAGGAGGUUCUAUACGACUACGCUGAGAAAAUAAAUGCUGCAGUGUUCCCUGGGCUUCAAGGUGGUCCUCACAAUCACACAAUUGCUGCGCUUGCCGUGGCUCUUAAACAGGCAUCUACACAAGAGUUCAAGGCUUAUCAAGAACAAGUUCUUCGAAACUCUGCUCAUUUUGCCAAGCAUUUGAUGGCAAAAGGUUACGAGCUUGUGUCAGGUGGAACAGAGAAUCACUUAGUUCUGGUCAACUUGAAAAACAAGGGGCUGGAUGGAUCCAGGGUAGAACGAGUCCUCGAGCUGGCUCACAUUGCUGCCAACAAGAACACAGUGCCUGGAGAUGUCUCUGCGAUGGUGCCCGGCGGAGUAAGAAUGGGAACUCCUGCUUUGACAUCAAGAGGAUUCACCGAGGUGGACUUUGAGAAAGUUGCCGAGUUUUUCGACCGUGCGGUGGGAAUUGCCGUAAAGAUCAAAGAAGCCUCAGGUAUGUUGAUCGUUUACAUCCUCUGUCACUCGAUCUAUCUCUCAAAUCUUUCAUCAGGCGCCAAGCUUAAGGAUUUCAAGGCUGCCGUUGACACGAACCCCGAAUUCCAGGGCCACAUCAAAGCGCUUAGAGAGGAGGUGGAAGACUAUGCAAAAGACUUCCCCACCAUUGGCUUUGAAAAAUCUACCAUGAAGUACCGUAAUUAAGAUCUUAUGUUGUCGGCCGUCAUUUUUCUUUUCGACAUACUAGAAUGUUAAAACAUA